AUGCGGAUGCCCAUGUCCCCGGAUUUAGGGAUGCCCUUUGCUUCUAUUUUAGUUCAUUUUCUUUUAGUAAUAGUCAUUAAUUUCACAUCUGGAGAAACAGAAGUGAGGUUCAGUGGACAAACAGAGUUUGUAGUUAACGAAACAAGUACUACUGUUAUACGCCUUGUCAUUGAGAGGACAGGGGAGCCCGCUAACGUCACAGCAAUUGUGUCGAUUUAUGGUGAAGACACAGGAGACUUUUUUGACACAUAUGCAGCUGCAUACAUACCCGAUACAGAAACCAACCGAACUGUAUAUAUAUCUGUCUGUGAUGAUGAUCUUCCAGAGGCUGAUGAGACAUUUGUAUUUUACUUGACACUACCAAAACCAUCACCAAGAGUAAAACUUGGCUCACCCAACUCUGUCACUGUAACAAUAUUAUCAAACGACAAUGCCUUUGGAAUUAUUUCCUUUAACAUGUCUGCCUUAAUCACAGUGAACGAGCCCAGGGGUAAAAAUGAAACUGUGCCUCUCACCCUAAUUAGGGAGAGGGGAACCUAUGGGACGGUCAUCGUGACUUUUGAGAUAGAGGAUGGUCCAAACCCAGCUGAAGAAGACUUAAGUCCAGUUAAAGGAAAUAUUACAUUUGCCCCUGGAAAAUCAAUGCUGAUUUAUAAUUUAACAGUGUUGGAUGAUCAGAUACCUGAAAAUGAUGAAUUAUUUGUUAUUCAUCUGAGAAGUGUGAAGGGAGGAGCUGAAAUCAACACCACAAAAAAUUCUGUUCAGAUCAAUAUUACAAAAAAUGACGGCCCUGUGCGGUUUGUUCAGAGUGCUUAUAUGGUGCCUGAGGAAGUUGAUGUGCUAACUAUUGAAGUGCUUCGUGGCAAAGAUGACAGCGGAAAAUUAAUUGGACCUGAUGAAUACGAAGUCUCUGUCAGCUACGCUAUCGUAACUGGGAAUUCAUCAGCACACGCUCAGCUUAAUUUAGACUUCCUAGAUCUACAGCCAAAUACAACUAUCAUUUUCCCACCUCUAGUUCAUGAAACUUUUAUGAAAUUUAAGAUCCUUGAUGAUGCCAUACCAGAAAUUGCGGAGAGCUUUCAGAUUAUGCUGCUGAAGGACACUUUGCAGGGCGAUGCUGUUUUAGUUAAUCCAUCGGUGGUUCAUGUUACCAUCAAACCGAAUGAUAAACCCUAUGGAGUGCUAUCAAUCAACAGUAUCCUGUUUACCCGGGCUGUUAUCAUUGAUGAAGACCAGAUUUCAAGGUUUGAAGGGAUCACAAUUGUAAGAAAUGGUGGAACACAUGGCAAUGUUUCUGUCACCUGGAUCAUAACCCGUAACAGUAGCGAUCCCUCACCUGUGACUGCAGACCUCAUUCCAGAGUCUGGGGAGUUAUGUUUUGGCCAAGGCCAGAUGCUGGCAGCAGUUCCUCUGCACAUUAUCAAUGAUGAUAUACCAGAGGAGGCAGAGCCCUAUCUGCUCAAACUUCUGGCCCAUACUAUACGGGGAGGAGCAGAAGUCAGCGAUCCAUUAGAGCUUUUGUUUUACAUUCAGGACAGUGAUGAUGUUUAUGGUGUAAUAAAAUUUUAUCCUAUGGAGAAUCAGAAGAUUGAAAGCAAUCCAAUGGGGCGCUUCUUAUCCUUGAGCUUUGCAAGGCAGAGAGGAACAGUUGGAGAUGUGCGGUUGGUUUAUACUGCUCUCUACAUUCCGUCUGGAGCUCUGGACCCAGGGAGAGCAAAAGAUGGCAUUCUAAAUACGUCUCAAAAAAGCAUUCUCACCUUUCCAGAAGGGAAAGCCCAAAAUACUGUAAAUAUACCAAUAAGAAAUGAUGCAUUUCUUCAAAAUGGUGCUCAUUUCCUCAUUCAGCUGGAAAAAGUUGAGCUGGUGAAUAGAAUUCCCCUGAUCCCACCAGUGAGUCCUAGAUUAGGUGAGAUUCGAAAUAUUUCUCUGAGGAUUACUCCUGAUAUUGCAAAUGGAGAAAUUGGCUUUACUAGCAAUCUUCCAAUUAUUCUUUCUGAGCCAGAAGAUUCCCCUGCUACAGAGGUUUCCAUUGCAUUGCACAGAGAUGGGACUGAUGGUCAAGCAACUGUGUUCUGGAGUUUGAAACCUUCUGGUCUUAAUCAAAAAGCAGUAACACAUGAUGAUAUAAGCCCUUUUAAUGGAUCUGUUGUGUUCCUACCUGGACAAAGUGAUACUACAAUCAACAUUACUAUUAAAGCUGAUGAUAUACCUGAAAUGAAUGAAACUGUUUUAUUGACUUUGGACAGGGCCAGUGUAGAAAAUCAGAUACUGAAAUCUGGGUUUACUAGCUGUGAAAUUAUUAUUUUGGAAAAUGAUGAUCCUGGAGGAGUGUUUGAAUUUUCUUCUUCUUCCAGAGGUCCCUACAGUAUCAAGGAAGGGGAGUCUGUUGAGCUGCAGAUCGUUCGCUCUAGAGGAAGUCUCGUCAGGCAGUUUCUACGCUACACUGUAGAACCAAGAGACAAUAAUGAGUUUUAUGGAAGCACAGGAAUUCUGGAGUUCAAGCCUGGUGAAAGAGAGAUCAGAAUUACUUUACUGACAAGGAUGGAUGGCAUUCCAGAGCUGGACGAGAUCUACUGUGUGGUACUCAGUGGCUACAGUGAGAUGCCUGGCAAGCUAGGGAAUGCCACAGUGGUCAACAUAACCAUUCUGAAGAAUGAUGAUCCUCAUGGUGUAAUUCAAUUUCUGCCUCAUGGACUCACUAUAACAAUAAAGGAAAGCAAAGGAGAAAUCAUCCAUGAUGCCACUUACAGAAUUAUAAGAAACCAAGGAAACUAUGGCAAUGUUAGUGUGUCUUGGGUUAUUGAUCCAUCAUGUACCAAUGACAUCUAUCCAGAACAAGGAACCAUUUUCUUUGAUAACCUGGAGUUUUCAAAAAACAUCACUGUUUACUCACUGCCAGAUGAGCUACCUGAAGAGAUGGAGGUAUUCAUCAUUAGCUUAUUCAAUGCUACAGGUGGAGCCAGACUAGGCAAUAUAACAAAUGCUGUUUUACAAAUUGCAAGGAAUGAUGACCCCAUUUAUUUUGCAGAACCUCUCACAGUGAGGGUUCAAGAAGGAAGUGUGGCAAGCUUUACAGUCCUGAGGAACGGAUCUGCUGAUAUUGCCGUUGCAGUCCAGUAUGCUACUCUUAAUGCAACAGCUGGAGAGGGAGACUUUGUUCCCAGUGGAAGAAGCAACAUCCUUUUCUUUGAUGUUGGAGAAAGAGAGCAGAACUUAUCUAUAUAUAUAAAUGAUGAUGAUACCCCUGAAACAGAUGAAACAUUUUAUAUCAUCCUUUUGAAUUCUACAGGAGACACUGUAAUCUUUAAGGCUGGAAAGGCUACAGUUAUUAUUGAAGCAAAUGAUGAUCCUAAUGGAAUUUUCUCUUUGGAAUCUAUAGACAAGUCAGUGGAAGAAGGCAAAAGUAACAUUUUUUUGGUUGUGAGACACAGAGGACAUUUUGGCAAUGUUUCUUUGACCUGGCAGCUGUUUGAAAACGACUCUGCGCUGAAGCCAGGAGAAGAGUUCUAUGAAACUUAUGGGACUGUGUCCUUCAUGGAUGGUGAAGUAACAAAGCCAAUAACCCUUCAUGCUAUUUUGGAUAAAAUUCCUGAAUUCAAUGAAUUUUAUAUUCUAAAGCUAGUGAAUGCUUCAGGUGGGUCCCCUGGUCCUGGUGGUCGCCUAUCUGAAACCAGCCUUACUGUAUCUGUGAUGAUCCCAUUCAAUGAUGACCCUUUUGGAGUGUUUGUUAUAGAUCCAGAGAGCCAGGACAGAGAGAUAGCAGAAGAUGUUCUUUCUGAAGAUGAUCUUUCCUAUAUUACAAACUUCACCAUCUGGAGACAACAAGGCACCUUUGGAGUUGUCCGGUUAGGUUGGGAAAUACUCUCAAGCGCGUUCCAAGCUGGACUGCCACCAGUGGUAGAUAUUUUGUUGCUUGGAUCAUUUCCAAGUUCAGUGCAAUCCCAGCCCCAUUUGAGGCGCCAUCACAGUGGAACAGAUGCUUUGUAUUUCAGUGGAGAAGAGGAUGCAUUUGGAAUUAUUGGUCCUGAAUACCCGUACAGUGGAAAUAAUGCAAUAGCCAACUUUACAUUUUCCGCUUGGUUAAUUCCUAAUUCCAAUACUGAUGGUUAUAUAGUUGAAAAGGAUAAUGAUAGUGGACUGUUGUAUUAUGGUGUGAAAAUCCAAACAAAUGAAUCCCAUGUUUCCGUAAUGCUUCAUUAUACAGCAUUAGGAUCCAAUAUGACAUACAUGGCUAAAACAGUGAUUAUGAAAUACCUGGAUGAAAAUACUUGGCUUCACCUUCUGAUUACUCUGGAUGAAAGUAUAAUUGAAUUUUACGUUGAUGGAAAACCAGUUAUGGGAGGAUUGAAGAGUCUUAAAGGAGAAGCAAUUGCUGAUGGUCCAGGAAUACUGAGAGUUGGAGCAGGAAUCAAUGGGAGCAGUAGAUAUACAGGGAUAAUGCAGGAUGUAAGGCUUUAUGAGCGUAAGUUGACACACGCAGAGAUCUAUGAACUUCAUGCAACUCCUGCAAAAAGAGAUGUGCACCCAGUCUCUGGCUAUUUGGAGUAUCGACAAGGAGAGACCAAUAAAUCAUUCAUUGUGUCUGCAAGAGAUGACAAAGAGGAAGAAGGAGAAGAAUUAUUCAUACUCAAGCUUAUUUCUGUGCGCGGUGGAGCUCGAAUUCCAGAAGAAAAUACCACAGCAAGAUUAAGAAUACAGAAAAGUGAUAAUGCUAAUGGUCUCUUUGGUUUCACUGGAACAUGUAUCCCUGAGACUGCUGAAGAAGGUUCCACUAUAUCCUGUGUUGUGGAGCGCACAAGGGGAGCCCUAGACUCUGUGUAUAUAAAUUACAUUAUCUCUCAGGUUGAUUCCACUGACAUUAAUUACUCUAUUACCGAUUUUUCUAACAGCAGCGGCACUAUCACAUUCCUUCCUUGGCAGAGAUCAGAGGUGUUAAAUUUGCAUGUGAUUGAUGAUGACAUUCCAGAGCUAAAUGAGUAUUUCCGGGUGACUCUAGUUUCUGCAGUUUCUGGAGAUGGAAAACUAGGUUCAACUCCUAACAGUGGAGCAAGCAUAGAUCCAGAAAAGGAAACUACUGAUAUUAGUAUAAAAGCCAGUGACCACCCAUACGGUUUGCUGCAGUUCUCUGGGGGGCUGCCUCCUCAGUCAGGUGAUAAAAUGAUUCCCCCCGCGUCUUCUGUGCCACAUAUUACCAUUAAAGAGGAGGUUGGGCACGUCAGGUUACUGGUGGUUCGUGCGCAGGGCCUUCUGGGGACGGUUGUGGUGGAAUACAGGACAGUUCCGCUUACAGCUUUCAGUCCGCAAGAUUACCAGGCUACUGCGGGCACCUUGGAAUUUCAACCAGGAGAAAGAUACAAGUACAUUACUGUUAACGUCACUGAUAAUUCUGUGCCUGAAUUAGAAAAAGAUUUUAAAGUGGAGCUGUUGUACCCAGAAGGAGGAGUCGCUGAGCUCUUUAGAAAUGAUGAUAGUGGAAGUGGUGAUGGAAGCAUGGAUUUCUUCCUUCCAACUGUCCAUCAACAUGCUAGCUUGGGAAUCGCAUCCCACAUCAUUGUGACUAUUGAGGCUUCUGAUGAUGCUCAUGGUGUGUUUGAAUUCAGUACAGAGUCACUCUCUGUAAAUGGAAGUGAGCCGGAAGAUGGAGAUAACGUUAUUGUGCUGCAGGUUGUGAGAUCUCAUGGAGCCUUAUCUCAGGUGACACUGCUUUGGAUUAUAGCCUGUGAUCUUACAGAAGACCUGAUAUCUAAUUAUGGGAAUGUAACAUUUGGUGUUGGCCAAGCAAGAGCAAAUAUAACGGUGCAAGUUUCACCUGAUGAAGUUCCUGAACUGGAUGAAAUGUUUUCAGUUUUGAUCGUCAAUGUCUCCAGUGGUCGUCUUGGAAUUCAUACUAAUGCAACGUUAACUAUUUUAGCUAAUGAUGAUCCAUAUGGGCUUUUCAUAUUUUCUGAGAAAAACAGACCAAUUAAAGUUGAAGAAGAAGCCAAAAAUAUCUCCCUGACAAUAGUAAGGCGUGGAGGUCUUCUUGGAACAGUAAUGGUAACAUACAGAUCUAUUGGUGAUGAUGAACAGUCACCUUUUCUUCCAUCUGACAUAGCUAGAGCAACGGAGGGAAAAGAUUAUUUACCUAUUUCUGGUUUUGUGAUCUUCGAAGCCAAUAAAAGUGAGACCACAAUAACUCUUCCUAUUCUGGAUGAUAAUGACCCUGAGAGGUCAGAAUCUGUUUUUGUGGAGCUAAGCAGUAUUGCUUUGAUUGAGAAAGUGCAGGAUCGGCCAAUUUUAAAUUCUCCUCGACUUGGAUCAGUGGGUGAGAUAAUAGCUCAAAUAAUUAUCACUGCCAAUGAUGACGCUUUCGGAACACUUCAGCUUUCAGCUGCAGCUGUGCGAGUUGCUGAAAAUUAUGUUGGACCAAUCAUUAAUGUGACCAGAAUUGGGGGAAUUUUUGCAGAUGUUUCUGUGAAGUUUAAAGCUAUGCCAAUAACCGCAACACCUGGUGAGGAUUAUAGUAUAGCUUCAUCAGAUGUUGUCUUACUAGAAGGGGAAACAAGUAAAGCUGUGCCAAUUUAUAUAAUUAACGAUAUCAAUCCUGAAGUUGAGGAGUCCUUUUACAUUCAGCUGCUGAAUCAAACAACAGGAGGAGCCUUGCUUGGAUCCUUAACUAGGGCAGUCAUAACUAUUGAGGCUUCUGACGACCCCUUUGGAUCUUUUGUUUUUCAGAUCACUGAAUUCAUUGUGGAGGAGCCUGAGUUAGGAUCAGUAGCCAUAAAUCUGCCAAUAAUCCGCAAUGCUGGGACACUUGGUAAUGUUACUGUUCAGUGGGUUGCUACCAUUAAUGGACAGCCUGCUGAUGCUGACUUGCAGGUUGUCUCAGGUAAUAUUACUUUUGCCCCUGGGGAAACCAUUCAGAUGCUUCUGUUGGAGAUCCUGCCUGAUGAUGUUCCAGAAAUAGAUGAAGUUGUCCACAUAGAGUUAACUCAGGCCUCCAAUGGUGGUGCUAUUGGAUUAGAUGGAGUGGCAAAUAUUGUAAUACCUGCCAAUGAUAAUCCUUAUGGCACCGUUUUCUUUGAUCGCUCCUUGUAUCGAAUUCAAGAGCCGCUAGAAAGAAGUUUGCUCGCAAACAUAACAGUCAGGCGAAGUGGGGGAAGUUUUGGUGAGCUUUGGAUUUUCUACAGCACUUCUGACACUGAUGUUAUAGCUCUUGCCAUUGAGCAAGGUCAAGAUAUCCUGGCCUUUUAUGAGGCUCCUGUACAAGGAAUUCCUGAGCAGCCAUCCAAGAUUAGAGUGAAUGUGUCAGCUGCAGAUGACCCUCUGUAUGCCUGUGCAACUCGGUGCCUAAAAGAACAAGUGUGUUCAGCCUUUGCAUUUUCCAGUGCUUCUGGGAUUCCGUUCUGCUUUUGGCUGGCAUCAGAGAUCAGCCCACUAACUCAUAUUUCAGAAUUUUGGAACUACAAGAAAAAUGCCACCAGUGCAUCCACUCUCUUCAGCACACAAGCCGUUGCUGGUAGUGACUAUGAACCUGUUAAAAGUCAGAGGGCCAUAAUGCUAGAAGGGGAAGAGUUUGCAAAUCUCACAGUUACUAUACUCCCUGACAGUCUGCCAGAGUUGGAUGAGAAAUUCACUGUAUCCCUUUUGAAAGUUGAACUAAUGAACAUCUCAGCCAGCUUAAAAAAUCAGCCAACUAUAGGACAGCCAAAUACUUCCACGGUUAUCAUAAUGAUGAAUGGAGAUGCCUUUGGAGUAUUUAAGCUCUACAGCAUAAGUCCCAACGAGACAAAGGUGCAGCUGAUGAUAUACAGAACAGAAGGCAGCCUGGGACAAGUGACAGUGGAAUGGCAUGUCAUUGGUGGAACUGCUAUCCCAGACCUGGAUUUUGUAGGUGUUGGUGAGAUUCUGGUGUUUGAUGAAGGGGAAACAAAGAAAAUGGUCACAUUGACCAUUUUGGAUGAUCCAGAGCCAGAGGAUAAUGAAAGUAUCAUAAUCAGCCUGGUUCACACUGAAGGAGGGAGUCGGAUUCUGCCUGAUUUUGACACUGUCACAGUGAUUAUUCUGGCAAAUGAUAAUGUGGCAGGAAUUAUUAGCUUUCAGACAACCUCAAGAUCUGUUAUUGGUCGUGAAGGAGAACAAGUGCAGUUCCAUGUCCUUAGAACUUCCCCAGGACUGGGAAAUGUUACUGUUGAAUGGAAGAUUGUUGGACAUCGCGUGAAACAAAAUUUUGAUUUUUUUUCUGGAAUACUCUUUUUUCCUGAGGAGUCAUUGAAUGCAACACUGUAUGUUUGCUUGCUGGAUGACCAUAUUCCUGAAGAAAGGGAAGAGUAUAAAAUCAUCCUGUAUAACGUCAAAACACAAGGAGUUGCUUCAACAGGAGCCGCUGCUUUAGAUAGUCAAGGAUAUGAAGCAGUGUUGACGGUAGAAGCUAGUGAUGAACCACAUGGAAUCUUGAAUUUUGCUUCCACAUCCAGGGAAAUUUUAAUUCCAGAGGAAAACAAAACUAUUCAGCUCUUUAUUAACAGAGAAUUUGGAUCACUUGGUACUGUCAAUGUUACAUAUGCAACAGUUCCAGGAUUGCUCACUAUAAGAAAUGAGACAGAAGUCACCAUGGCUGAACCAGGAACUGAUUAUAUACCUGUUUCUGGAUCACUGAUUUUAGAAGAAGGAGAAACAUCAGCUGCCAUAAAUAUUACCAUUCUAGAGGAUGAUAUACCAGAGAUGCAAGAAUUCUUCUUAGUUAAUUUGUCUUCAGUGGAACUCAUCAUGAACCAUUCAACUUCAUUCCCGCCUAAGCUAGAUUUGGAAGGUAUAGCUUCUCAAAUAGUUAUUGAUGCUAAUGAUGGAGUAAGAGGAGUAAUUGAAUGGGAAAGUACUAAUUUUGAAGUUAAUGAAACUCAGAGGAAUCUGUCAAUAACAGCACAUCGAAACAGAGGAUUUUAUGGAAAUGUAUCUUUGUUUUUUUAUGCCCAAAAUUUAGAGGCACAGCUGGGUUUGGAUUUUAAUGUGACCUCAAGGACUCUCUUUUUUGCUGAUGGAGAAAGGCAUAAAUCUAUUGAUGUCAUGAUUUUCGAUGAUGAUAUUCCUGAGGGUGAUGAGAGAUUCCAGUUAAUUUUAACAAAUCCUUCUUUGGGACUGGAGUUAGGGGAGAAUACAACAGCUACAAUUACUAUUCUUGCCAAUGAUGAUGGCCAUGGAAUUUUAUCAUUCAAUAACAGCGAUCACUUCUUCCUAAGAGAGCAAACAGCUCUCCAUUUGAUGGAAAGUGUUGCAAUAUUAACCAUCAUUAGAGAGCCUUCUCAGGGGAUAUUUGGCACCAUGACUGUUCAGUGUCUUGUAAGUGAAAUUAAUUCUUCAGAGGCAUCGGUGGAUUUGACCCCUUCUCAAGGAUAUAUUGUUUUGGAAGAGGGAGUCAGAUUCAAGACACUGCACAUUUCCGCGAUACUAGAUGAAGAACCAGAAAUGGAUGAGCACUUUAUUGUAACCCUGUUCAAUCCAACUGGAGGAGCCAGACUAGGCACAAGAGUGCAAACUAUGAUCACAGUAUUACAGAACCAAGCUCCACUAGGACUUUUCAGCAUCUAUCCAGUUACAAAUAGGACAAAUUUUCUGAUAGUUGAAGAAGCGAAUACUACGGUUUAUUUGAAAGUUUCACGGAGUAAUGGCCUCAACACAUCUGUGAGUGUUGAGUGGGAGACAUUGUCAGAUACUGCAUUUGGCAUCAGGGGUGGUAUCAGUGUGCUGUCUGUCUUGCAAAGUUUUGUGGAAGAGUCAGCAUCUGCUUGGUGUUUUUUUACAUCAGGAGAAACUCUUUAUGGUGUUCUCUUGCGUACACCGCCAGCUACCUUUUCAACUAUCUACCAAUGGAAGGGAGUAUUUGUUCCUAUUGAGAAUUUCAGUAUAUGGAAUCCUAGAAGGUGUGUGGUAUUCCAAAUCAAUGCCUCUCCUUACUUUGUGAUAAGUCAUGGGGAAGACAAACAAGAGGCUUCCAACAAUAGUGUGUAUACAUUCAUACCUGAGCGCAGACUGUUGUGGAUACAAACUCUUUUUGUUCUGUAUACCAGAGAUAUAAAACAUUUUACUGUGGAAAAAGAAGACUAUUUGAUUAUUGCAAGUCAUUCAACCCAUUCCAGUUCCAUCAAGAUUUUCCAAUGGAAUAAAGACAUUUUUGUGUUGCAUCAUCAACUUCCACUUUAUGGAGCUCUGAAUAUAGCCUUGUUUCCUAGAGGAAGCUUUCUGUACCUAUUAGUUUCUUUGUCAAAUGUCAGCCAGAACCCUGUCUUGUACCAGUGGUUGAAUAAUGAGUUUAGAAAACUUCAUGAAGUACCAGCAAAUGAUAUAAAACUUAUGGAGGCCUGGAUUUCUGGAUCAGACAUCUAUUUAAUUAUUGCAAAAGAGUCUGGAAAUUCAUCUGAAAUUUUUAUCUGGGAGACAGGGCAGUCUACCUUUAGACAUUUUCAGUCUCUUCCAUUCCAAACUGUAAAAAACAUUCACAUAUUCAUGCCACCUUCAGGUUUAGUUCAUGCUCUACUAGCUGGUAGGGAUACAACAGCACUGUAUGCUUGGAACUCAGAAGUGAACCAAUUCUCUGCAAUCCUGGAGGCCCCAUAUGCGGAUCAUGUAACUUCAGUUACUGCAAGGUCUCUGAAUUCCAGCAAAAGCCUAAUUGCUUUGACUGCUGAAUCCUGCUCCCAAAUUUAUGAACUGGCUGCAAUCUCCAACCAGUCAGAUUUUAUACCUAGUUCAGGUGAAUUGAUAUUUGAGCCUGAGGACAUGGAAGUUAUAGUAGCAGUCAAUAUCCUUGAUGACGUUAUUCCAGAGGAGGAAGAAAGCUUCAGAGUGCUGUUGAAAAAUCCUAAAGGAGGUGCAGAGAUUGGUGCUCAUGGUGUUGUUAAAAUAAUUAUUCCAUCCAAUGACAAUGCCUAUGGAGUCAUUGCAUUUGCUCAGAAUUCUUUAUUUAAGCAAGUUGAAGAAAUGGAACAAGAUCACUUAAUCACCUUGAAUGUUGAACGUUUAAUAGGAACGUAUGGACGAGUGACAGUAGAGUGGAUAGCCAGUGGGAACAUUAGUGAUAUAUUUCCAGCUUCAGGAAUGAUUACAUUUUCAGAAGGUCAAGCCCUGUCCACUGUUACCCUGACAAUCCUUGCAGACAGUGUUGCAGAGCUUUCGGAGACUGUGGAUAUCACACUCACCCACGUUACUACUGUGGGCAUUCAGGAUACCAUGAGAGGAGCUAUCAUAGAUCCCAAAAGGGCAAAAGCUGUACUUACGAUUUUACCUAGUGAUUCUCCACAUGGUGUAAUUGGGUGGCAUGCAGAGUCUCACUUUGUUAAAGUCAUGGAGCCAGAAGGAUGGGAAAAUUCAACUACUGUAUUUUUACAAAUUGUUCGAGAACAUGGUUUUGUCGGAGAUAUUGCAGUUCAGUUGAGCGUCAUGCCUGACUUUGAACUCCCUGUCUCCAACCAAGCAACAGAAAAUGAGGAUUAUAUGAUAGAUAAGAAAAUAAUCAUCAUGGAAGAAAACACAGCAAUAGCUUCUGUCAUAGUCACUAUUUUUCAUGAUAAUGUUCCAGAAUUACAGGAAGGAUUUAUAAUCAAUAUUACUGAUGUGCAACUGAUAGAUUCUUCUGCUACUGGCAGUCAGCCAAGUGUGAAGAGGCUUGGGUUAGAAAUAGCUGAAAUAAUAAUUGAAGAGAAUGAUGACCCCAGAGGAAUAUUUAGUUUCAGUGUUAAAAAGGAUGCAAGUGGAGCUGUUCUUGCUUAUGAGGUACCACCACCACAGAAUAUACUGAAGCUUCCAGUUGUUCGACAAGCUGGAAGCUUUGGGUCAGUAACCCUGUUUUGGGAAGCUAUUAGUUCAACUGCAAGCUUUGAAGACUUUACACCAAUGUUUGGAAACCUUACGUUUGCAGAUGGACAGGUGACAGUGAAAGAACCUCAGAAACCUGAUGAUGAUGCUGCUACUGUGGUGCUCACUGUAAGUCGGAGUCAGGGAGGAUAUGGAGCAGUUCGAGUAAUCUGGAUUAUUGAGGAGGCAGCCAGAUAUGACCUGACACCUCUGAAUGGUACCCUUCACUUCAAUGAGACUGAAUCCCAGAAGUUGAUUGUUUUACAUGCAGUACAAGAUGCUAUAUUGGAGGGGAACGAAACAUAUACAAUUCAGCUAGUCUCUGCUGGUGAUGCAGAGAUAUCCCCUGUAAAUGGUCUGGCAACAAUUGUUAUUGUAGGGGAUGAAGGAGCUUCUGGGAUUGUUGGGAUAGCUCCCUCAUCCAUGCAUGUUCUAAUUGGAGAACCUUCAGGAAAUUAUGAUGGAACUGCUCUUAUUAGCCUUGUGCGUGGUCCUGGGAUUUUUGGUGAGAUCAAGGUAUAUUGGAAUAUAACUCCUCCUCAUCAUAAAGAAUUUGCUGAGGUAUCGGGGACCUUGACAAUGCGAGAUAGGCAGUCGGCAGCUGUUGUUCUACUACAGACUGUAGAUGAUAACCAUCCCGAGGAGAAGUACUACUACCAGUUUCGACUAACUGAAAUCAGUGAUGGAGGACUCAUAAAUGAAUCUAGCAACACAGCAAAUAUUACCAUGGCUGCUAGUGACUUUCCAUAUGGACAGUUUACAUUUUCACGGGAACUACUGCAAACAACAGAAGAUGAAAAAUGGGUUAACAUCAGUAUUGUACGCAGUGGUGGAUGUUAUGGCAAAGUGCAUCUGUGGUUACAAAUAAUAAAUGGGACUGCUGAGGAGGGAAUCGAUUUCACUCCCACAGUAGAGGGCAUAUUGUUUGAACCUGAUGAGGAAAAUAAAAUGAUUUGGAUUGAAAUUCAUGAUGAUGAUUUUCCUGAAGGUCCUGAAGACUUUUUAGUGACAAUAAUCAAAGUGGAACUCCAAGGAAGUGGAUUUGAUUUUGUCAUAAAAGAAAAUGGGCUACAGGUGGAUCAACCCCCUGUGGUAGGAAAUAUCUCCACAGUACGAGUCGUCAUAGCGAAAAGUGACAAUGCAGAAGGUGUCAUAGAAUUUGAUGCUCAAUAUGUCAUCCUGGAAGUGGAAGAGGAUGCUGGAGUGAUCAUGAUUCCUGUCGUGAGAAAGCUUGGAACUUAUGGCUUCGUAACGGCUGAUUUUCUCUCUCGAAGUAUUACUGCGCUUCCCAAUGGUGUUGACUAUUUCAUCCAUAACAACUCUGUCAUUUUCCAUCAUGGUCAGAACCAGACUUUUAUCUAUAUCUCUAUUAUAGAUGAUGAAGAAAGUGAAUUUGCUGAGCAAUUUGAAAUCCAGCUGACAGGAGCCACUGGUGGAGCAGUCCUUGGGCUCCACCUGGUGAGCCAGGUGACGAUUGCUAAAAGUGAUUCCCCACAUGGUGUUGUCCGAUUUGUCAACCACAGCCGAAUUGUUCUUCCAAACCCUGAUACACCCAUGGCAAUAUCCCUGGUGCUGGAAAGAACUGGAAGAUUGCUGGGAGAUGUACAAAUUAAUUGGGACAUUUUAGGACCCAAUGCAGAAGAGGUUUUAUCUCCCCUGAAUAGUGACAUUGGUGACCCUGUGAAUGGAUCAUUCUAUUUUAGAGAAGGAGAAGGAGGUCUGAGAGCUAUUAAUCUGCAAAUCUAUCCCCACGAAGAAGUUGAAGUUCAGGAAAUCUUCAUUAUUAGACUGCACCUUGUGAAAGGUGAAACAGAAAUAGAUUCGAAGGCAACCAACAUUACACUAAUAAUACAGAAGUUUGGUGAUCCUAAUGGUAUUGUACAGUUUGCUCCUGAAUCAUUACCUGAGAGAAACUUUACAGAACCCUCAGCAGCAGAAGGGCCACAGAGGAUUGUACUGUAUGUCAGGCGAAUUAUUCAAGGCAUGGGAAGCAUAACGGUUUACUGGGAAAUACAUAGCAAUUCUGACAUCUCAGGUGACUUCCUUCAGAAAGAGGGGUCUGUUGUCAUGGCUGACCAACAGAGCACGGCCGAGAUAAUUAUCUAUCUGCUACCUGAUGAUGUUCCAGAGCUGGAUGAAAACUAUGUGGUACAGCUGAUUUCAGUGGAAGGAGGAGCAGAUCUAGACCAAGAGAAAAUAAUUUUAAAAUUCAAUUUUGCAAAUGAUGAUCCCUAUGGGGUGUUUGCCUUGUACUCAGAUCAGCAGGCAGUAUUAGUAGAGAGAGGUCUUAGUCGGUACAUUCAGAUUAAUGUAACUCGGCAUGCUGGAACAUUUGGAGAAGUGAUUGUUGAGUACCAGAUCUUGUCUCAUUACGAAGAGAAAUUAAUUGCACCAGAGGAAAUAGUGGGAUACCUAGCAGUAAAAGACGGUGCCAGAUUUGGAGUGAAAAGAGUGCCAAUAACCAGCCAGGCAUUUCUUCUACUGGGAUUGAAUUUUACUCUAGAACUGAUAAGUGUAAGCCUGGCAAGGGGAAGUGCCAAGGAUCUGCCUAAAAUUUUAGAAAAUGCAAGAUCGGCUAUUCUGCUUGUCCCUGAAGAAGCUGCCAAUUCACAAGUUGGCUUUGAAUCUGUUAUUUUACAACUUACAAACAUUGUAACAGGAACAGGCCAGGCUGUGAUAACCAGAGAAGGAGUUUAUGGUUCUGUAACAGUUAACUGGGCUUCUUGAUAUUCACCAGACAUAAUCACUGACUUCGUUCAUCUAGGCAAUAUUACUCCCUCAUUUGGUAGUGCUGUAUUUUCUUCUGGUGAACAGAGCAAAGUCAUUUCAUUUCAGGCUACUCCAAGCCUAAAUAAACACGAGUCAUUUGCCAUCUGUUUAACAGCAGUGCACAGCAAUGUGCCUGGUGGGGCUCGCUUGAGGAGAGGAUUUACAAUAGCUGAAAUUGAGCCAUUUGGGAUCUUCCAGUUUGCAUCUAACUCGACAUAUGUUUCAGUUGAAGAAGAUGUUCAGACAGUCACACUACAUGUCCAAAAACUGUUCGGUUUUCAAAGUAAUUUCACUAAGUUGACAUAUCAGACUAUUCCAGGAAGUGCCAAACCACUAGAAGACUUUAGACCCAUCUAUAAUGGAGAACUUAUGUUUGCACAAUUUCAGACAGAUGCUCUAAUAGAAAUAUCUAUAAUUGAUGACACUGUUUCUGAAAUGGAGGAAUUAUUUUUUGUUAAUUUGACUGCUGCGGAAGCUUUGGGUGUCCAGCCAUUGAAUCCUAACUGGAGUCCGCGUCUGAAUCCAGCUUUCAGUGUUGCAACAAUUAAUAUCCUGGCAAAUGAUAUUGUUCAUGGAAUACUCAGUUUGGGGCCAGAGUUUGUUUAUAUUGAAGAAGAUGCAAAAAACAGUACCCCCAACAUGGCAAUACUUCAUGUUAAAAGGACCCAAGGUUUUGAUGGUGAUAUUUCAGUAACAGUUAAAACCUUUGGUGGAAUAAGUGCACAGAGUGGGAUAGAUUUGUAUCCUUUUGAAAAUGCUUAUGGAAAAUCAGACUUUACAUGGGCAAUGGAAGGAGAAGAUUUUGAGGAACAGUCAGUUUCUCUGACUUUGCUGGAUGGAGAAAGAGAAGGGAAAGUGUCCAUCAAAAUUUUGGAUGAUGAUGAGCCUGAAGGACAGGAAUUGUUUUAUGUUUUCCUCUCAGAUCCUGAAUGUGGAGCUCAGAUUGUGGAAGGAAAGGAUGAUUAUGGAUUUGCUUCUUUUGCAACAGUAGUUAUUGCAGGAAACGAUCUGCAGAAUGGCAUUUUGGGGUUCAUUCCAGAAGUGCAAAGUGGACUUGUUCUUGAUGAAGACUCACAAAACAGAGAGGUGCAGCUGAUUGUCACAAGGCAACCAAACAGGGCUUUUGAAGAUGUGAAGAUAUUUUGGCGUGUGACCUUUAAUGAAACUUCAGUUGUCCUUCUUAAGGAUGGCAUAAACUUGGAGAAGGAACUUGUGUCUGUGCUAGGAUCCACCACCUGUUUGGCAGGUCAAACACUGUGCAACAUCUCUGUUGAAAUACAACCUGAUAAUGUACCUGAAUUUGAAAUGCAUUUUUUGGUUGAGCUGUAUGCAGUAAGUGCAGGAGCUGUGUUGAACAGCAGUGCCAAAUUUGCGCUUAUAACAGUCCUUGAGAGUGAUGCUCCUUAUGGUUUAGUGUAUUUUGCUGUGGGAUCUCGUUUUGCUGUGGCUCACAAGAAGGCUACGUUAAUCAGUUUGCAAGUGCUCAGAGAUUCUAGUAUGUCAGCAACCACAAUGGUCAGCUACAGCACACAGGAGCUACAAAAACCUGAACCUAUUGGCCGGACCUUCGUAUCUCCAGCUGUUGCAGGACAAGAUUUUAUCAGAUCCGAAGGUUUUUUGACUUUUGAACCUGGUCAGAAAAAUGCUUUGCUGGAGGUGACCCUGACUCCGGAGGCAGGAUCCUUAAAUCCAUUUCCUAAACGUUUCCAGGUUGUGCUUUCUAAUCCCACAGGCGGUGCCAGAGUAGAUGAUGCAUAUGCUAUUGCUAACAUCACCAUUGUCUCAGAUUUGGACUCCUUGCCAGUCUGGGGACUUGUUGAUCAACUACAUCAGCCACUUGAUGACAGUAUUUUAAACAGAGUCCUUCAGAAGUUGAAUGUGAAAGUAGCUACAGAAACCACAGAAGAGCAACUUACUGCUGUGUUGUAUAUAAUAGAUAAGGUAACAGAUGUAGGUGAAAAGUGGCUGCUUGCUGAUAAAAGUAGAAGUCUCUUCUACGAGAUACUUUGUGCUCUGGCUAGCCCUAAACGCAAAGACACACGAGGGUAUAGUCUCCUUGCUGAGGUGACUGAGAAAUUUGCUUUUUCCCUGUUGACUGGGAAAAAGUGUGGAUCACCAGGGGAAAAAGGUAAAAAUAUCCUUGACAGCUGCCCGUACAUUGCAAUAAUGGCUCACAACUGGUAUCCUCAGCAAAUCAAUGGACACAAAUUUGAUGGAAAAGAUGGGGAUUUUAUUCAUGUACCUGAGCAUUUAUUAGAGGUCUCUGUUGUGUUGUCUCCUCCUCGAGAUGAGAACUGCGAAUCUGUACAAUUCACUGAAUACAGCAGCCAGCAGUGGUUUCUUACUGGUGAUAAAGAACUUGCCCUAAGGAACAAGAUUUUUUCUAUGAGUUUGAAGGGUCAGAGUUCACGCCCUUUGAAAGAUAACAAUGAAGUCAUUUACCGAAUUUAUGCUACGGGAAGUCGGAUUGUCCCACAAAAGUCUCUAUGUCUCCUUUGGAAUCAAGCUGCAGAAAGGUGGUUACCUGACAGUGGAUACUGCAAAGUGGUCGAUGACACGUCAGACUAUGUGGAAUGCUCUUGUUCUCACAUGUCCAUUUAUGCAGUUUAUGCCCAGACAGACAAUUUGUCAUCAUACAAUGAAGCUUUUUUCUCUUCUGGAUUCAUCUGCAUUUCAGGUUUCACUUUGGCUAUUAUUUCCCACCUUUUCUGUACCAGAUGUGCAAUGUUUGCAGCUAAACUUCUCACACACAUGAUGGUUGCUUGCUUGGGUACUCAGAUUUCAUUUCUGGCCUCAGCUUACAUAAGCCAACAUCUCUCAGAGGAAAGCUGCUCAGCCCUUGCAUCUGUUACCCAUUACCUUUACCUCUGCCAAUUCAGCUGGAUGCUUAUCCAGGCUGUUAAUUUCUGGUACGUCUUGGUGAUGAAUGAUGAACACACAGAGCGACGCUGUCUGCUUUACUUCCUUUUGAGUUGGGGGCUUCCAGCUUUUGUUGUGAUCCUGCUCCUAAUUAUCCUGAGAGGAAUCUAUCAUCAGAGCACAGCACAGAUUUAUGGCCUUGUCUACAGUGAUCUGUGCUUCAUCCCAAAUGCCUACGCUGCUCUCUUCACGGCUGCGCUGGUGCCGCUGAUGUGUUUGGUAGUGGUUUUUGUGGUCUUCAUUCAUGCCUACCAGGUGACCCCGCAAUGGAAAGCCUACGAUGAUAUUUUCAGAGGAAGAACUAAUGCUGCAGAGAUUCCGUUGGUCCUGUAUCUGUUUGCCCUGAUUUCGGUCACCUGGCUGUGGGGAGGACUGCACGUGGCCUACAGGCACCUCUGGAUGCUGGUCUUCUUUAUCAUCUUCAACAGCCUGCAGGUAGGAGCUGCUGCUUUUUCCUUCUUUCCUGCUGCUGACAUUGGGACCAUCUCCACUGCUUGGAAUAUGCUUAGCAUGUCAGAUUGGCUAGCUGAACAAAACCCAGAAACAAACAGAG